CCAAAAAACAUAUGCUUUUGACACUAAACCAACCUCAACUCCUCAACAUUGAUAACCUUUUCUUUUGAUUUUGGUAUCAAAACAGACACACUAUACAGAUAUGGCACAUGCUUUAUCCUCUAAUCUGGGACUUAACCUUUCCAUUCUUUCUAAAGGUUCAUCUAAGUAUUUGUGUCCCUUAGGACCAACCACUUUCCCACAAGUGUCGAAGUUGAAGCUUAUUAGGGCCAUGGUGGGUGAUGAUGCAAGAGGAAAUCUUGAACAUGUGCCAAGACACAACAAGCACCAGUCUCACCCCAAGAAGAGAGUUGCCCCUGCCUCACCAAUAGGGUUGUGGGACCGGUUUCCUUCGGCAAGGACAGUGGAAGAGAUGAUAGACACUAUGGAGGGGAUGAUGGAGGACCCUUUUGCGUUGAGCACUUUUGAGUGGCCUUCAUCUCCAUUACCAAGUGAAGGAGUGGGUGGGUAUAAGAGGAGGGGAAGAACACCAUGGGAGAUUAAAGAGGGAGAAAGUGAAUACAAGAUGAGGUUUGAUAUGCCUGGGAUGAGCAAGGAGGAUGUGAAGGUGUGGGUUGAAGAGAAGAUGCUGGUGGUCAAGGCUGAGAAAGCACCUAAGAAGAAGAACACUGAGGAAGAGAUGGUGGAACAAGAAAACAAAGAUGAAGAAGAAUGGUCUGUUAAGAGCUAUGGUAGGUAUAGAAGUAGGAUUGCUUUGCCGGAGAAUGUGCAGUUUGAGAAAAUUAAAGCAGAGGUUAAGGAUGGUGUUCUUUAUAUAACAAUACCUAAGGCUACAAGCUACUCAAAUAUUCUGGACAUCCAUGUUCAAUGAUAGAUUUUGUUUC